UUAUUUUUUUGGCUUUCGGCUAGAAUCGAUAUAAAGGGUCAAGUUGCAACUAUGAGAUCCGCAUUUAGCCGCAAGAUUUUGAUUAGCUAAGAAGUGCUGGGCGCGUGCGCAUAACAAACGAAACGUGAGAAAACGAUAAGAAUAAGAAGAAGAACAAGUGCAGUGAACGUAGACAAGUGAAUGUCUCGAAAAUUAUUUUUUGAAAAAAAUAAAAAAAUAAAUUUCGUCUUAAAAAAAAACGCAUAAAAACUAAAUACAACUUAAACCCUUCCGGUGCGCUCCAAAAAAAAAAAAAUAGGCGUGUUCAUUAAGAUUUGGCUCGUAAAGAACUUAUUUUAUUUAUUUAAUGAGUAAUGCCAAAAAAUAUUUCGGUGAUUCCUGAAGCCGUUAUUCAUUUGAGGUGCGGUUGAUCUCGGUGUUUAUUUAUUACGCUCUUAGAUAAAUAAAGUCGACAGUGAGGAAGUGCUUAUAACACGAUCGUUUAUUUUUAUUAUGCAGUCGUGACACAAUGGAACUCGUACUAUCAAUUCAUAAUUAAUUAAAAAAUAAAAUAAAAAAUGAAAUAAAAAUUUGCGACAAAUUUAUAAAACUAGCUGAAUCUAAUUAUUCAUAAAAAAACAAAAGAAAAAGAAUACCAAGGCGUAUAGGCAACAAUACAAAAGUAAAUCAGUUGACAGCAGAAACAAAGCAAAACUUCGGGUUUUUCUAGCCGUAUUCUUUAAAUUAAAAAGUGACAUAAUACAAAUAAAAAGAUGAAGUUUUUUGCAGCAGGAUCCAAAAGUGGACGGAUACUCAAAUUAUCGAGUGUUGGCAUUGCGCUGAUAAUUGUCGCCGUGCUGAUGAUCGCGAUCGAUCCACUACAGAUACUCAUCGAUAAUCAAUUGACCCUGAAAACUGGCACGCUGCUGUAUAAUUUGUGGCUGAAGCCACCGCUUGAGGUGUUCAUCAGUGUGUACAUGUUCAAUGUCACCAAUGUGGAAGCGUUCAUGAGCGGACGUGACAGCAAGUUGAAGUUGGUCGAGGUGGGUCCGUAUGUGUAUCAGGAGGUGCUGGAAAACCAAAAUGUCUUAUUUAACGACAACAAAACUGUCACUUUCACGCCACAACGUACUGUGCGUUUUGUACGCGAACGCUCCAUUGGUGAUCCGACAAUCGAUAAGAUAAUGGCGCCGAACAUACCCUACUUGGGUGUGAUGUCCGCGGCAUCGGCUUACUCUAUAUUCGCUAUAAUGGCUGUGAAUGCGUUGACAAAGAAGUUCAAUUCGAAGCCGAUGCUGGAGUUGAGUGUGCAUGAUUAUCUCUGGGGCUAUGAGGAUCCACUGGUGCAUUUGGCGUCGAAAGUGGUGCCAAGCGUCAUACACUUCCAGCGCUUUGGCCUAAUGGAGCGGAUGUUCGAUGAAGGUCAUAACGUGGUCACUAUGAAAUUGCCCAACAAGCUGGGAGUGAGUGAUGAGGAUGAAGUUGCGGAGAAGGAUCGUGAUUUCUCCAUUGAUAAUUGGAAUGGCAAGACAGGUUUCAAAAACUGGGACUAUAACGAGAAUCGCAACACGAGCAAUACACCUUGCAACACUUUGCGUGGCACGUACGACGGCACGCUCUUUCCGCGCAACAUCCAUAAAGGCGAAACAUUUCGUGUGUAUCGCAAAGCCUUCUGUCGCAGUCUACCCAUACAGUAUUCACACCCUGAAACCGUUAAUGGUUUCAAGGGCUAUAAAUUCAAAUUGAAAGAAAAUGCUUUUGACAGUGAUCUCGGUGACUCGGAGACGUCCUGUUACUGCAAGAAUAAACGUUGCUUGAAGAAAGGUCUCGGCAAUAUUGCGCCUUGUUAUUACAAUAUACCGCUGGCAGUCUCAUUUCCCCAUUUCUUCAACGGAGAAACGAGUCUACUGGAAAAUAUCGAAGGACUGAAUCCGGAUAAAGACCGACACGGUACAGAAAUAAUCAUACAACCGCAACUUGGAAUACCCAUGAAAGUGCGUUCACGCUUUCAGAUAAACCUACUGAUGGCAAAUGUCAAAUAUAAUCGAGAUGUAUCGCAGUUUAAGAAUAUGGCGUUGCCCAUAUUUUGGAUCGAAAUGGGCGUAGAGGAUCUCACACCUGGCGUAAAAGCGCUGCUCACUCUACUAUUUCGUGUCUGUCCAUGCUUACAGUUAGGGCUGGUAAUAACGCUCAUUGGAAUCGGUGUGUACUUGAUGAGCAGCGCCUUCUUGUAUUGCUUCUGGGUGCCACCAGCUUGGAAAACCAUCAAUGGAACUAUGGACCAGGCAAUGAGCGCUGAAGCCGGUCUCAAAGCGAAUGUGGGCUUCUUGCCGCUGUUAAAGCAGCCGACGAUAGUGGAGUUGAAGAAGCUGCCGAAAGGGGCGGGUCAAAGGAAGCCUGAUUACGAUGUGACGCUGCUGCCGCUACACCGAAAUGUGGUGGCGUAGUGUCAAGAUAGCGAAGGCCAUCACAAAAUUCCGAACUGUGAUAUUAGAAUUUAAGCAUAUAAUUUAUACCAUUUUAUUUCGUAAAUUAUGCAUUAGAUUUCUAGCAGGGACUAACUAAUCAGAACUAAAAAUUUAGCUAUUUAUAUAUUACAGUUAAUUAUAAUAAGUGACACUU